CUAUGGAAGUGUGAUUCUGUCUGACACAAAAGCAACACUGUGGACACAAGGAUUCAUCUCUGUUUUAAACCAUAAAGAAAAACUAAAAAGUAAAAGAGUCGUUUUACUUGCUCAGAUGUCAAAGUGUGGAAGCUUGACUGAGAGGGAGGCCGCUGUGCAGAGAUGGCUAUGGUAUGCCUGACGGAUUUUGAGGAGUAUGCUAAGGAGCAUCUCUCAAAGGCCACCUGGGAUUAUUAUGCAGCUGGAGCAGACGAAUGCUGCACCAGGGACGACAAUCUACUGGCUUACAAAAGGAUCCGUCUGAGGCCUCGUAUCCUGCGGGAUGUGUCGGUCAGCGACACACGGACCACAGUGCAGGGGACAGAAAUCAGCUUUCCGGUUGGUAUCGCACCUACUGCCUUUCACUGCCUGGCCUGGCACGAAGGAGAGGUGGCCACCGCUCGGGCCACUGAGGCUCUCAACACUUGCUACAUCACCAGCACUUACUCCACCUGCUCAGUGGAGGAGAUUGUGGCAGCAGCACCAAACGGUUACCGCUGGUUCCAGCUGUACGUGUACCGAGACCGGAAGCUGUCCGAACAGAUUGUGCACCGCGUAGAGGGGCUGGGCUACAAGGCCCUGGUCCUCACGGUCGACGUCCCCUACACCGGGAAGCGCCGCAACGACAUCCGCAACCAGUUCAAGCUGCCGCCACACCUUAAGGUCAAGAACUUUGAUGGAGUGUUCCAGCAGGAGACUGCAGCCCCAGAGGAGUAUGGGAUCCCGGCCAACACCUUGGACCCCUCCAUCAGCUGGAAGGACGUGUACUGGCUGCAGUCCAUCACCCGCCUGCCUAUUAUCAUCAAGGGAAUCCUGACCAAGGAGGACGCCGAGCUGGCUGUGGAGCAUGGUGUCCAGGGCAUCAUUGUGUCAAACCACGGGGGGAGACAGCUGGACGGAGGCCCAGCUUCGAUUGACGCACUGUCGGAGAUCGUGGACACAGUUCAGGGCAGGAUCGAGAUCUAUGUGGACGGAGGCAUCAGGACAGGAAGUGAUGUAUUGAAAGCGCUAGCCUUGGGAGCCAAGUGUGUUUUCAUUGGCCGUCCAGCAGUGUGGGGCCUUGCAUACAAGGGUGAGGAAGGAUUGAGGGAAGUGCUGCAAAUCUUAAAUGAUGAGUUCCGUCUGUCCAUGGCUUUAUCAGGUUGCAGAAACGUGGCAGAAAUCAACCGGAACCUCAUUCAGUGCUCUAAACUCUAAGAGACCAGCAGAGGGCAGCACUGACGACCAUAACGACACCCACUGGACAGGAUUCUACAGGACUGAACCAAACCAACAGUGAUGACACAAAGAAACUGAAAUAUGUUCACCUCAGAACUCAUGACUUUAUCAUGUUAGGAAACAUGCAAAACCGUUUCAUGCAAGAGUGGACGAGUGAGAAAGUUGAGGGUUGGCGGCAUAUUUAGCAAGUGGAUAUUGAAAGUGUUUUCUUCUUUUUUUAGCUUUUGGAUUGAAAGGGGUGGAGGCACUUUUCAUGAAACCAACAAACUUCUUUUGGUUUUCUUGUAAUAAAUGCAACUGUUAAUGACAGACGCUACCGUUUGAGAUGCUGACGGUGAAUAAAGUCUGCUGAGGUGAUGAAGA